AAAACAGAUACAAUUUAGACGACCAUGACAUGGUCAUGAAGACACGCGGAGUUAGUGGGGAUGCUCUUCGAUCGUAAACUUCGUGUGUGAACUUUGAUGGCCAAUGUCAGGGUUGCAGCCUCGGCGUCUCAGUCAACAUCAACCAGCCGCACAACCCGGAAACGCCGCCGUCCCCCAUGGCGCACAAUGGUUUUCGCAGCUUCAGCCAUACUAUGUCCUAUUUCAGCGGGUGUGGAUGCAUUUGUCCGGUCAGGAGUUGAUCCAUCAUUUUACCAAGGCUCACGGCUCAGGUCUUGGCACACCCUCACAUUCCCGCGACGAUCUCCUCCAAGUGAACGACAUUGCCAAUUUCUUUUCCUGCGUGAGGCUUUGCUAACGCUGACUGCAUCCAAAGAGUCGAAUGAUGGCGAUGAUUUCAAGCAGGAAUCAAGUGCAAGGAUGUCGGGUCGAGGUGUAUCAUCGUAUUUUCUCACUCACAGCACGCUCGCCCCGCCGCACGCCUCGUUGCAUCCUCCUUUGCUUCUCGACGACGAGCGUCAAGCCGCCAUAGUGAGCAAGCUGGCAAAAGAAGGAUAUCUCAAGCAAGCUGUCAAGCUUUUGUCCAAUUUAAAGGCUCCAUCUCCCCUCCUUGUGCGAACCCUUUUGAUGGCAUGUGUAAAUGCGGAGAGCUUACCCUUGGCCCUUGCUGUGGUGAAAAUGCCGCACGUGCAUCCCUCCGUGCAGCAAUACACCUUAGUCAUCCAAAUUUGUGCUCGGCAGGAGAGAUGGUUUGAGGCCGUGCGCCUUCUGCGCGACAUGCGGACCCGAGGGGCACCGCCCGACCUGGUCGCUUACACCGCCGUGAUGGAUUGUUGCGCCAAGGCGGGCCAGUGGGAGGCAGCCCUGACGCUCAUCCCUGAAAUGAAGGAAGCGGGUGUUCGGCCUGAUCGUAUCACGUAUAACACGGCCAUUGAUGCAUGCGCGAAGGGGGGGCAAUGGCAGAGAGCUUUGGAAUUUUUGCGUGGGAUGGAGGAACCUAAUUUGAUCAGCUACAACAGUGCGUUGGAUUCUUGCGCUAAGACAGGCCGAUGGAAGGAGGCAGUAGGGCUGUUGGAGGAAAUGCGGCAGGCAGGCAGGAGGAAAGACGGUAGGGGGAGCACGGUCAGCGACCAGACGCAAGAAGUCGGCGCCAACCAGGGCAACACCACCAACACCAUCCCCGGCAAUCGAGGUAGCAAGCCGUCCAUCCGGCCCAACAUUAUCUCCUACAACACCGCAAUAGAGGCCUGCGCUAAAAGGGGCCGCUUCGAAGAAGCCCUGGCCAUCCUGAGAUCCAUGCAGGUCCCCGACACGGAGAAGGCGGGGGGGCAUGUGCCUCUCCCCAGCGCGAGUAAGAAGCGCAACGGAGCCUCCCAUCACCGCCGCCACCAACGUCUUGUGCCAGAACCGGACCUGGUCACGUACCAUUCCGCGAUCAAAGCAUGUGGACAUGCUGGGCAGUGGGAACAUGCCUUAAGCCUCCUUGCCGAGGUGCGUGCCGCUCGAUGGAUUGAGCUGGAGCCCUCCACCUAUAAUGCUGCCAUCGCGGCUUGCGCCAAAUCUGGCCGAUUCAACGAGGCGCUGGACUUGUUGAAGGAAUGUGGAGAUGCCAGCAAUGUCGUGACUUACAACUCAGCCAUGCAGGCUUGCUCCUCGGGUGGGCGGCCGGACCUCGCCUUCCAGCUGUUGCAGGUGAUGAAGGCCAAUGGAGUGGAGCCCGACGUGGUAAGUUACACUACCGUCAUGCAACGUUCCUCGGUCGACGUAGCUACAAGUGUCCUCAAUCGUAUGCGUGCAGCGGGCGUGAGCGUGGGGGUUAUGACCUACAACGCGCUUUUGAAUGCCUGUGCUCGGGAGGGCGAUUGGCGGACGAGCCUCGCGAUGCUGGAGGAGAUGGAUCAUCAGUCUGUGGCCCCCAACGUCGUGACUUACACCCUGGCCAUGGAAGCGUGUGGCCGAGGGGGGCAAUGGCAAGCGGCACUGGAGGUAUUGAACGAGAUGACCGUGCGUGGCGUCCCGUUGGACUCGAAGGCUUGCCAGACGGCCAUCGACGUGUGCGCCAAGGUCCAGGACUGGAACAAGGCACUGAGUCUCCUCAGGGACGUGAGUGCGCAGGGCAGAGAUGGAAUAGGAGACCAGGGCAGCGGCAAAGGGGGUACGAAGGAAUUGUACGAGAAAGCCAUGGCUGCGUUCGGGCGGGCGGGGGAAUGGGAGAAAGUCUUGUGGCUGCUUGAAGGAAUGGAUCGUCCUGAUCAGAAAGUGACCAACCUGGCAAUGCGAGCAUGUGCUCAGGCGGGAAGAUGGGAGGAAGCUGUCGGCCUUCUGCAGAAUAUGACGAGCAAGGGCAUUGCUCCAGACCAAUGGAGCUACAACACGGCCAUCCAUGCCUGUGCACAGGCCGGAAAUGCCGAAAAAGCCUUGAAACUGUUGAAGGAAAUGGGCCAAGAAGGCGUCGUUCCUGACGUGGUAAGCUAUACGACUGCCAUGGAUGCAUGUGCCUCGGUAGGAGACGUGGAAACAAGUCUCCGGCUUUUGGAAGAGAUGGUGAAGAAGGGUGUCCACCCCAACCAUCGGAGCUUCAAUGCCAUUAUGAGUGCGCAUGGGAAUGCAGGCCAGGCCACCGAAGCCAUUGCUGUGCUGGGUCUGAUGACUGAGCAUGGGCUGACCCCGGACGUGAAGAGCUACACUCUGGCCAUGGACAUAUGUCUGCGUCAAGGCCUGUGGCAAGUUGCUCUCAAAAUCGUGGAACGCAUGCAUGCAACGCGGGUGCGCUUUGAUGCGAUUUCUUACGGCAAGGCUAUCCACGCGGCCCAUUUGGGCGAACAAUGGGAGGUCGCGGUGGGGUUUUUGGAUGAAAUGGUGGAAAGUGGUUGGCUUCCGAGUCAUAAAAGCUAUACCCUAGUGGUCGAGGCAUGCCGGCGAGCGGGAGAGUCGAGGCUGGCCGAAGAGGUAAGUAGACGCUGGGCGCGUGAUAAAGAAAGCUUGGCGCGAGCGAAUCGUCGGCGUGGGGGAAAAGGAUUGGCAGACACUCGGCGACGCGAUAACCGAGGAAAGUCUAAUUCUGAGGGACGAAAACAUGGGACAAGUCCGAUUGAAAAUCAGCCCGAAAGCAGCCGUGGAAACAAGGAUAGCGCGCGAGUGGACACAACGAGAGGCUCUUCUUCUGCCACAGUGAGCAUCACCAACCAUGUGAGCCAUCCACCACCAUCCUCGGGCCUGGGUCCGCAAUUUCCGUUUCAAACGAAACGAUGACAUGAAUCGAGAUGCGCUGGCUUGGCAAAGGGAUGCAUGAUAUCUCAGAGGGGUAAAGUACAAACAUAGAUAACCGAAAAUCGUAGAAGAUGACAAUUUUAUCGACGAAAACUUUCACGGCAACUGGAGGUAAUAAGCUAUAAAAUGGCAAAAAAUCGAAAGAUAAGUGAAAAACCGUUUGUGUACGAUUUAAGCUGGUGGAGAUCAGAGAAAUGUGUGGUCAUGCGACAGGAAUUCAACAUGCUGGUUUGUUCUCGCUAAUUAACAUAAAUGAAGAAUUCUGGCCGCUCAGA